UUGUUUUUUUUUUUCUUUUGACGGUGGCGGUGGUGUGUGUUCGCGGAGUGCGUCUGUAUUUCGCCUUUCUUUUUUGGGGGGGAUUUCGAGGUAAUCGCGCACACUUGUGUCGGAUUUCCCCUUCCCUUUGUCCCGUGGGACUGGUGCAGACGCUUGCCGGUUGCCAUGCGCUGACUGAUCUCCGGAUUAGAGAGCAACGGACAGAUUUUCCAUCUCCGCCGCCGCCGUCCAACAAGUUGAGCGACAUGAGCGCACAUGGCUGCCCGCAUCUGACAAGUCUCAAAGACGCCAAGGGUACUCAGGCCUACCGGCUGAUCCACUCGUACUUCGUCUGCUGCGUUUCCAAGGACGCCAGGACAAAGAAGGCCCAACUGUGCAAGUGCCAUGCGUGCCAUGCCAGAGGUCCCCGCCUCCACGCUUGCCUGCAGUGCGUCUACUUUGGCUGUUACAGCAACAGACACAUCCACGAGCACGCUCGCACCAACCAGCAUGUCCUAGCGGUGGACAUCUCGUACGGCGUGGUGUACUGCUUCACCUGCGCCGACUACGUCUACGACCGGGAGCUGGAAGCAAUGGCGCGCAAGCAUCGCCGCCGGUGCGCCAGGCUAUUAGGUCUUAAAGAGUACUAUCACCACUGGGAGCCCACGAGCUUCGAGCUCGAUCUCCUGCGUCGAAAUCCUCGAAGGAAGCGCAUCUGCAACAAUUCUUACAUAGGCCUCCGGGGACUGAUGAACCUUGGCAACACGUGCUUCAUGAACUGCAUCGUGCAGGCCCUGACGCACACCCCGCUGCUGCGCGACUACUUCCUCGCCGACCGCCACGUCUGCCAGUUCCAGGACGACCCGGCCAUGUGCCUCGUCUGCGAGAUGUCGCGCCUCUUCCAGGAGUUCUACUGUGGGAAGUCGACCCCGCACAUUCCCUACCGGCUGCUCCACUUGGUAUGGACGCACGCGCGGCACUUGGCCGGCUACGAACAACAGGACGCGCACGAGUUCUUCAUCGCCACGCUGGACGUGCUGCACCGCCACUGCAAAGGCACCAACGGGAUCUCGAGCACUAAUCCACACCACUGCAACUGCAUCAUUGACCAGAUCUUCACGGGGGGCCUCCAGUCGGACGUCGUCUGCCAGUCCUGCAAGGGAGUUUCGACCACCAUCGACCCUUUCUGGGACAUCUCCCUGGAUCUCGGUCCCAGCUCGCACCUCCAGCAGCUGAUGCCUCACCCAGACGCCGAGGACUCGGAACCAACAUCUCUCCUGGACUGUCUGGAAAGGUUCACCCGCCCGGAGCACCUGGGCAGCUCGGCCAAGAUCCGCUGCGGCCAGUGCCAGAGCUACCAGGAGUCGACGAAGCAGCUGACGAUGAAGAAGCUGCCUGUAGUGUGCAGCUUCCACCUGAAGCGCUUCGAGCACUCGCGCAGCUUUCACAAGAAGAUCUCGUCGCUCAUCAGCUUCCCCCAGUACCUGGACAUGAGCCCCUUCAUGUCCUCCUCCCCCAGGGCCCCUGAAGCAGUCGCCCAGGCACCCGAGGGGGCACAGGAGCCCUCGAGGCCCUGUCACGACAACAAGUACUGCCUGUUUGCAGUGGUGAACCACAGCGGGACCAUAGAGACCGGCCACUACACGGCCUACAUCCGCCAGCACCGGGACCGAUGGUUCAAGUGCGACGACCACCUCAUCACCCGGGCAAGCCUGCAGGACGUGCUCGACUCCGAGGGCUACCUGCUCUUCUACCACAAGCAGAUCCUGGAGUACGAGUGAGCCCGAGGUCUCAAGGGCGGUCCCGUGGUCGUCGCCGUGCGGGCCUCUUCCGGCGGGCUCUCGGCGUCCCCUUCCCUCCCGCAAGGUCAUGCCGCUCGCCUUCAGGAAGCCGAGCCGCUCUCACCUUCUCUCAUUUGCUCAAUAAAUUAUUGCUGCAUCGUCGGCGGCGUCGUCUACCGACCUGUCAGGCGUGGCUGAAACCGA